AGUCCUUUGUAUGAAUUGCGAGCAAACAGGCAAUCCUACCGUGCCCCAUUCGCUUGCAGAUGACUGUAGCCGCUGGAUAGAAACAACUACUGUCGCUGCAAAUGCAUCUGUCAGAAAGAGAAAGACGCGCAAUAACUUCUUCAACAAUCGAGUGAUAGCCUACAGCUUUCAAAGUUACACCGUUUUACCUUCGUUUACCAAGUCCGUCGUUGAUAGUGCGACGUACGUUGAUAAUGUAAGUUUUUUUCUUUCUUCUGUAAAACCGCGAACGCAUGUGAGAGCAUCACAGUUUGCCAUUUUUAGCAUCCAACCCUAGACUUUUGCCAAGUUCGACCAUCGGUCUUUAUAGUACCUUCAACUUUUGAGGACUCAAAAGUAGACGCCGGAGUGGAAAAGCUUGUGUGGAGAUUGAUGUUUUACUGAAAUGGACGUGAGAGUAUAUCCACCUCCACCACAGUCUUUAUCAGCAACAGAUUCUUCCCGAUUGGGACCAUUGCAGUAUCCCGAUUCCCCGUACUGCAAUAAGUACAACAGUGAGACCAUGUUCCUGGGCAUGCCAGAGGCUGGCCUGGACUUUGUGCCAACCAACCAGUUCCGUGUGCCUCCCAACCCCCACCAGACGCAGACCAGCACCAAGCAGACUGGACCCCUGUGGAAACGAGAAGGCCCUGCUCACUCCGAUGGCCCCCGGCUACCCUGGUCCUACCCAGUGCCCAGUUUGGGGGAUGAAGACUUCAACAUUCCCCCCAUCACGCCUCCCACCAUCCCAGAACACCUGCUGCACCCCCACCUACCGGAGUCGGAGUCUGGCUCCUACCACCCGCUGGCCCCCUCUCACUCCCAGAGUGGCCUGCACCCCUUCCACCUGCAGGGAAUGGACAUGAUGGGUCAGGAUGGAGGGCUGUUGAGCCAAAAUGGCGGCCUAAUGUCCAGCACCCUGUCUGUGAUGCAACAAAUGGUCAACUCCGAUUCCCGGUACAGCAGCCAUCAGCCAAUGGAAGCGCUCAGACCCAGGAGCCAAUCAGGCAUGGGACAUCAGAGUCAGCUGACCACCAUCAACCAAUCACAACUCAAUGCCCAGUUGGGACUGAGCGGGAACAACGUUACCCAUAAUUCCCCAUCUCCCCCUGGGAGCAAGUCGGCCACACCCUCUCCUUCUAGUUCCGUACAUGAGGAUGACAAUGAAGAAUCAAUAAAGGCAGAGAAGCGGCCGGCAGUGGUCGAGACUCCCAAAAAGCCCAAGACCCCCAAGAAGAAGAAGAAGAAGGACCCCAACGAACCCUCGAAGCCAGUUUCUGCCUACGCCCUUUUCUUCAGAGACACCCAGGCAGCCAUCAAGGGCUCCAACCCCAAUGCUACCUUUGGAGAGGUGUCCAAGAUAGUAGCCUCCAUGUGGGACGGCCUCGGAGAGGAACAGAAACAGGUGUACAAAAAGAAGACAGAGACCGCCAAGAAGGAAUACCUGAAGCAGCUGGCAGCAUACAGAGCAAGCCUAGUCUCACAGAGUUACAAUGAGCCAGGUGAGGUCAAAGUGUCCCAGGCCUCCUCCAUGCUGGGCCCCAAGCCCCCCGUGUUCCCCGGAUCAGGCCACCAGCACCCCCAGCAGCACCCCCACCCCCAUCACUCCCACCCCAGCCUCUACAUGAGCCACCCCUACCACCACCAGAGCCACCACCCCCACCCCCACCACCAGCAACAACAGUCCCAGCAGCACCAGGCCGGCCUCAGCCCCCACCUGUCCCCCCUCCAGGGUCUCUCCCGGGGGGUGACCCCGCGGCCCAGUGGACCCCAUUCAGGUGGGGUGUCUCUGGGCAGCAUGGCGGCGGUGUCCCCCCCUCCUUUCCAGAUCAGCCCGCCGCUCCACUCCCACUCCCACCUAGGAAUGCACCACCAGCAACAGCUCGGAGGACACCCGCUGUCUCUGCACUCACCCUCAAUGGGACAGGGAUUCCCUCUCCAAUCAGAUUUCCAGAACAUGCUCAACUCGUCCGGUGGGCAGGGACUGUCCCCAUCCAUGGACUACAGACAGGUGUGUCGGAAUGGGCCCAGCCAGCACCUCGACUGGACCAGCGAAUACUGUGGCAAUGGAGCUCUUCAGAGAGACAAGCCUCUGUUCCUGACCUGAUCUGACCUCUAACCUCUACACACCUCCACUCAACCACCCAUGGACCGGAUCGCAACCAGACCCGGUCCACAUUCAGUCCCACUCUUUAUUCACUGAACCAAGGCAUGAUUAUCCUCUCCCCCAGUAGAAAGUCCUUGACCACCACCCCCCACUCUGGCUGAACCAUCUGACCAACUGACCGUCACUCAAAAACAAGAAAGACAUAAGCACAUAUUGCAAAACAUCCAUAUUUUGAUAUUUGUGGUUCUUUAUGAUCUACCUUGAAAAAAAUCAUACUGAUGUUAUGAGUGGGUUUCGGAUAGUUUUGUAACUAACACCCUCCCCUGAUAUUAGAUUUAAAAAACGUAAAGUUCUGGACUUUUUAAUUGUUGGAUGGCCAUAAAGGCAGAAAGGAAAUGUGCUCAAAGAGUUGAACGAAUAGGCAGCACUGUCAUAUCUACUGAUGUGUCGUUGGAUCGUUACUGAUAUAUCGUUAGAUUGUGUUUUGAGGAAGACAAGCUGAUGACCAUUUUUUGAUCAUGACCGUUGUUCAAAUCCCAGAAGUUAAUUUAGCACUUAGGGGCUUUUGGGGCUUUUUUUCCACACAUAGCAAGAUGUAAACCAAAACCCCAAACUAACAGACCUUUUGAAAGGAAAGACAAGAUGUUUUAGCCUUUGAAAGAAAUUAACAAAGAACACAUGUAUUAUAUUUCUAUCACUCUUUCUCUAUGUCUCUCUCUCUCUCUCUCUCUCGCUCUCUCUCUCUCUCUCUCUUUCUCUAUGUCUCUCUCUCUCUCUGUCUCUCUCUCUCUCUGUCUCUC